AUGGAGAGGAGGGAUUGUGAAGUGUGGCCGGUGGGCGGCCUAGAAGGCAAGGUACCGUCUGGCUGGAUUGAGAGCCAAAGAGUUUUAUUUUUGCACAUUCGCUUUUUAUUUGCUGGCGGUGCUGCUGACGGGCCCCAGAGUGGGCUCAGGCUGCUGGGCCAGGGCUGGAAGGACGGCGCUGCCUGUGUCUUGACAGUCCUCCCCAGGAAGGAGCUUAAUUCCGUCGCUUCUGAGCUGUCUGCACGGCAGGAGGAGAGUGAACAUUCUCAUAAACAUUUAAUUGAACUCCGCCGGGAAUUUAAGAAAAAUGUACCUGAGGAAAUCAGAGAGAUGGUGGCUCCUGUAUUAAAAAGCUUCCAAGCUGAGGUGGUGGCCCUUAGUAAAAGAAGUCAGGAAGCUGAGGCUGCUUUCUUGAGUGUUUACAAGCAAUUAAUUGAAACACCAGACCCUGUACCUGUAUUUGAGCCAACGCGCAGCCUAGACGACAGACUGCAGCCCCCCAGCUUCAACCCCAGCGGGCAUCCGCUGCGAGACCUCCACGCUUCGUGGAAGAGAAACCCCGAGCUCCUCAGCCCUAAAGAGCAGAGAGAGGGGUCGUCCCCAGCCGGGCCCACGCUGACCGAGGGGAGCCGCCUGCCAGGCAUUCCCAGCAAAGCCCUCCUGACAGAAACUUUGCUGCAGAGAAAUGAGGUGGAGAAACAAAAGGGCCUUCAAGAAGUACAAAUCACUUUGGCAGCCAGACUGGGGGAGGCAGAGGAAAAGAUCAAGGUCCUACAUUCAGCGUUGAAGGCCACGCAGACAGAGCUGCUGGAGCUGCGGCGGAAAUAUGAUGAGGAGGCGGCAUCCAAGGCAGAUGAAGUCAGCCUGAUCAUGACCAACCUGGAGAAAGCUAAUCAGAGAGCUGAGGCUGCCCAGCGGGAGGUGGAAAGUCUUCGGGAACAACUUGCCUCUGUCAACAGCUCCAUCCGCCUGGCCUGCUGCUCCCCCCAGAAUCCCAGUGGGGAUAAGGUGAACUUCACACUGUGCUCGGGCCCGCGGCUUGAGGCUGCCCUGGCCUCCAAGGAUCGGGAGAUCCUGCGGCUGCUGAAGGAUGUGCAGCACCUCCAGAACUCUCUGCAGGAGCUGGAGGAAGCCUCCGCCAACCAGAUUGCCGACCUGGAACGGCAGCUCACAGCCAAGUCCGAGGCCAUCGAGAAGCUGGAAGAGAAGCUCCAGGCACAGUCUGACUAUGAAGAAAUUAAAACAGAGCUGAGCAUCCUGAAAGCCAUGAAGCUGGCCUCCAGCACCUGCAGCCUCCCCCAGAGCCUGGCCAAGCCCGAGGACUCGCUGCUCAUGGCCAAGGAGGCGUUCUUCCCUGCACAGAAGUUUCUGCUGGAAAAGCCAGGUCUCUUGGCCAGCCCUGAGGAGGACCCUUCGGAGGACGACUCCAUCAAGGACUGUCUGGGCACAGAGCAGCCCUACCCAUCUCCUUCACAGCUCCCACCACCGCCACCACCAGGGCCGGAAGACCCCCUGUCCCCAGGCCCCGGGCAGCCCCUGCUGGGCCCUAGCCUGGGCCCUGAUGGCCCUCGAACUUUCUCACUGUCCCCUUUCCCCAGCCUGGCUUCAGGGGAGAGACUGGCAGGGGACGUGCUGCUGUCUAAGCACAUGAUGCCCCCGGCCACCUUCAAGGGAGAGGCAGGCAGCCUGCUGGUGUUUCCCCCCACCUUCUACACCAAGCCCCCAGAGGAGGAGCAGCUGGACACUGCGGAGAUUGCGUUCCAAGUGAAGGAGCAGCUGCUCAAGCACAACAUUGGGCAGCGGGUGUUCGGCCACUACGUGCUGGGGCUGUCACAAGGCUCGGUCAGUGAGAUCCUGGCCCGGCCCAAGCCCUGGCGCAAGCUCACGGUGAAGGGCAAGGAGCCUUUCAUUAAGAUGAAGCAGUUCCUGUCGGACGAGCAGAACGUGCUGGCUCUGAGGACCAUCCAGGUGCGGCAGCGAGGCAGUAUCACCCCGAGAAUCCGCACACCAGAGACAGGCUCUGAUGACGCCAUCAAGAGCAUCCUGGAGCAGGCCAAGAAGGAGAUCGAGUCACAGAAAGGGGGUGAGCCCAAGAACUUGACAGCCCCAUUGACCAUCACUAAUGGCACAGCCUCUGCCAGCACCUCAGAAGAUGCCAUCAAGAACAUUCUGGAACAGGCACGCCGGGAGAUGCAAGCACAGCAGCAGGCCCUACUGGAGAUGGAGGCAGGACCCCGGGGCCGCUCAGUACCUCCUUCACCCCCAGAGCGGCCCUCACUGGCAGCUGUGAGCCAGAAUGGGGCUCCAACCUACGUCAAGCAGGAGGACAGCAGUGGUAGCAGCGGCAGCGGGGGGACCAGCAGCAGUGCCACACAGACAUCCCUCACUGUCCUGUCUCCCGCUGCCUUCGUGCAGAGCAUCAUCCGGAAGGUCAAGUCAGAGAUCGGUGAUGCUGGCUACUUUGAUCAGCACUGGGCCUCAGACCGCGGCCUGCUCAGCCACCCCUACACCUCCAUCUCACCCUCACUCUCCUCCUCCUCCUCCAGCUACUCUGGCCAACCCAAUGGACGGGCCUGGCCCCGUGGGGAUGAGGCUCCCACAAUCCCUGAGGAUGAAGCGGCUGGGGGUGAGGACGAACCCCCAAAGUUGGGCGAGCUCAAGGCCGAGGGGGGCAUCUCUGAGUCAGGCAGCAGCGGGCGGCUAGCCUACUACCCAACAUACGUGCCCCGCACACUGAAGCCCACCGUGCCGCCCCUGACCCCAGAGCAGUACGAGCUCUACAUGUACCGUGAGGUGGACACGCUGGAACUGACGCGCCAGGUCAAGGAGAAGCUAGCCAAGAACGGAAUCUGCCAGAGGAUCUUUGGGGAGAAGGUGCUGGGUCUGUCACAGGGCAGUGUGAGCGACAUGCUGUCCCGGCCGAAGCCAUGGAGCAAGCUGACGCAGAAGGGGCGGGAGCCCUUCAUCCGCAUGCAGCUGUGGCUCUCGGACCAGCUUGGGCAGGCCAUUGGCCAGCAGCCCAGCGCCUCACAAGCCAGUCCCACCGAACCCAGGUCCUCACCAUCUCCACCCCCUAGCCCCACGGAGCCCGAGAAGAGCUCCCAGGAGCCCUUGAGCCUGGUAUUGGAGAGCAGCAAGGAGAACCAGCAGCCAGAGGGACGCUCCAGCUCCUCACUGAGUGGGAAGAUGUGCUCGGGCAGCCAGGCCACAGGGGGCAUCCAGGAGAUUGUGGCCAUGUCCCCCGAGCUGGACACCUACUCCAUCACCAAGAGGGUCAAGGAGGUUCUCACAGACAAUAACCUAGGGCAGCGGCUAUUCGGGGAGAGCAUCCUGGGCCUGACGCAGGGCUCCGUGUCCGACCUGCUGUCCCGGCCCAAACCCUGGCACAAGCUCAGCCUGAAGGGGCGGGAGCCCUUUGUGCGAAUGCAGCUGUGGCUCAAUGACCCCCACAACGUGGAGAAGCUGAGGGACAUGAAGAAGCUGGAGAAGAAAGCUUACCUGAAGCGCAGGUACGGCCUCAUCAGCACCGGUUCAGACAGUGAGUCUCCAACCACCCACUCCGAGUGCCCCAGCCCCUGCCUGCAGCCCCAGGACCUGAGCCUCCUGCAAAUCAAGAAGCCCCGAGUGGUGCUGGCGCCCGAGGAGAAGGAGGCCCUGAGGAAGGCCUACCAACUGGAGCCCUACCCCUCCCAGCAGACCAUCGAGCUCCUCUCCUUUCAGCUCAACCUCAAGACCAACACCGUCAUCAACUGGUUCCACAACUACAGGUCCCGGAUGCGCCGGGAGAUGUUGGUGGAGGGGACCCAAGAUGAACCAGAUCUCGACCCCAGUGCAGGUACUGGCAUCCUACCACCAGGCCACUCCCACUCAGACCCCACCCCACAGAGCCCCGACUCUGAGGCUGAGGACCAGAAGCCUACGGUGAAGGAACUUGAGCUCCAGGAGGGCCCUGAGGCGAGCAUCACUCCCCUGACUGCCCAGGACAGGGCCCCAGUGAGGAUCAAGCAGGAACAGACUGAGGACAAUGCUGAAGAAGAGGCGGGCAGCCAGCUCCAGGACUCCGGGGAGCAGGACAAAGGCCACGGUUCUCCCAAAGAGAUGCAUCCAGACCCUUUGGGUAAUGAUGGGCUCCCAAAAGUGGCCCCAGGACCUCUUCUUCCAAGCGGGCCUCCCCCAGACUGCCCCUUACUACAGCCCCCCCAGGAGAGCAGGGCUGGAGAGCAGCUACACCUGGACCCUCUAAGUUUUAAGUCGGCCUCAGAGUCCUCGCGCUGCAGCCUGGAGGUGUCACUGAACUCACCCUCGGCUGCCUCCUCACCAGGCCUCAUGAUGUCUGUGUCACCUGUCCCCUCCUCCUCAGCUCCCAUCUCGCCAUCCCCACCCGGCGCCCCCCCUGCCAAAGUGCCGAGUGCCAGCCCCACUGCCGACACGGCUGGGGCCUUGCACCCCAGUGCCAAGGUGAACCCCAACUUGCAGCGGCGGCAUGAGAAGAUGGCCAACCUGAACAGCAUCAUCUACCGGCUAGAGAGGGCUGCCAAUCGGGAGGAGGCUUUGGAGUGGGAGUUCUGAAAGCGAGGGCAAGGGGCCAUCACUCUCUCUCCCAGACAGGGCAGGGUACAGGAGGGAGGAACUCAACCACCAAAAUGUGGACAGCAGUGUUAUGCCACUUACGUUUUUUUGUUAUAAUCCUAGUUCUAUAAGUUGUGAGCGAGCAGGUGGGGCAGAUGCCACUGCCUCCUCUUUUUGGCACGCCCGCCCCAGGGAGCACCCUCUUCUCUACUCUGGCCUCUGCAGGAGGCAAAGCAAAGUGGCGCCACAUUUUCACCUGGAAACUCCAAACUCUUUUAGAAAAAUAAAUAAAUAUUUAUAGACCUCUUUUAGAUAUUUUAAUAAAGGAUCCUUUGGAAUUUAUUCCCAGCCGAUGCUGUUUUGAUAUUAUAGAGAGUUAUAAAAUCAGGAUGCUGUCACAACUGUUGCGAAGUGUACACUGAAGUUGUGUCAUUUUUGCCACUAGAUGAGAUUAAAAGAAGACAAUUGUUCAAAGCCAUCACAAAACACUAUUAAGACUGACCAAAAUUUAGAUAACCUUUGAACCGCGAUUUUUUCCCACGUCUGUCUAUGAGACAUAGCGCACUGCUCCUGCCCUUCCAGAAACCGUGCUGGAAAGAGAAAGUCCAAAAGACUCUAAACGAAAACCUCGAUGCUGUUGAGGACGUGUUUCAUUCUGGUGGUCUGUUUUGCAACCUUGAUAACACAGAAUGUUGUGCCGUUGUAAAUGUUGUCGAGAUGUGGGCUGUGGCCGACUGUCCUAUCUGAGAUGUAACGUGGUACAAAAUGAACUGCCUGCACUCCCUCUAGUCAGAAACCUCUGGGCCACAGAGGUCGGACAUCCAGCUCGUCCGUUGUAGACAGGAUGUGUUUCCGGAUCCUAUGGAGGCAGGUGAUUGGAGGGUGGCACUUGAGCCAGGGUGACCCCAUUCCCCAACCUGAGUCAUGGCCACAGUCAGGAAGUCUCCCCCCUACUUUUCCAGAGCAAGACGGUGGCCGCCAUCUUCCCCUCUUGUGUUUUAAGGAAACAACAGCGUUGGUCACCCCACAAGCACCCAGCUCAGCUCUCAGCACCAAAAAAUAGAUGCAUCACACCAGAGACCCCAGGCCCCCUUCUCGCCGUCUCUCAAGUGGACCCAGUGCUACCUCUGGGCGGCGUCUGCAACUCCAAGUCGAUUCAGAACAAGCGAGAAGGUUGAGUUUGCUGCAGCAUGACCACCGUAGCCCAGUCUCCACACCCACCCUCCUGCCUUCCACCACAUGACCUUUUGGGGAGCAAAGACUCAGCCCUCCAAUUCAGAAGCCGUUCCUCCAGCAUCUUGAUGGUUUCUAGAGGGAGAGUCCCCAAUCUGGAUGGAACAGCCACAAUAUUGGUUGUUGAAUCUCUCUCCUGAUUUUAUUUCUUAUCUUUUUUCAAACUCUGUGGGAAGGUUGAGUUGGGUACCUCCCUACCUAAAUACAGAAUGAUGAAGAAAAAGUGGCCAUAAUCGGUGCCUAUCCAUUGCCAGGGAGAGAGAUGGCUGACGGGGGUUUCACGGAUGCUGAAAGCAUUUUGAAACCAGGCCAGUGAAACCUGAUGACCAGAAAGGGACAAUUGAGGGCCGUUCCAGAAAUCUCAACUCUCAUGCACCCAGCCCAGGCUACAGUCUCCACGCCAGUCAAUGAAGAACAGCGCAGACCCUUCAGGAAAGUCUUUUCCGCACACCCAGGCUAUGCAUUGAAGAGUUUUCCACUGUAUACAUUUUUAUCCAGAUGAAGGUAUUUUUAUAUUUUGACAAUAGGAAACAGUGACCAAUUUUCAGAGUCAUCAAAUCUGGAACAAAUAAAACAGCUCCUUUUAGUCACCACUGCCCUGUCACAAGUAAGACACCAUGGGGGAACACACCACUUUUUACUGUUGAAACCCACACACCAUUGAAAUUCAGGCCUAUACACAGACUACAAUCCUUAGAAAAUGAAAUCUGGCUUUUGUGUGACGGGAUUUGAUUAAGCACUUAGUAUAGUCUUUUGAACACGGAAAUCCUGUUGUACUUAAAGCUAGUGGACCCGUGAACAGCUUUGUCAGGGUCAUGUCCUAUCACAGUGAAAACAAAACAAAAACCCACAAAACAGUUUCUAUGAGAAAUUGAUGAACUUUGUUUAAAAUUUUAAAAAAAGGGACACGUUCUGUAAAUGCGUCGCUCAAUACAGAAUUGUAUAAUAAGGUCUGGGUGUCCUGCUUGCUUUGUUCUGGAGUUGGGGGUGCAAGUUGGGGGUCAGAUCUGGCACUCAGCGGUGUUUUACAAAAUGGUGUUUUGAAAAACUUUUUAAUUAGUUUACCACCAUUAAAAUAUGGGGGAAUGUCAUAUAAAAAUCGAGAUUUUUACCGGCUUCCCUGGAAAACCAUUAAGAUCAGGCCACACUGGGCCAACCUUCCAAUGUGACAACAGCCAGCUGAGUGGCUACUCCCUUUCAACAGGACACAUGUCCAUGAUUUGCCUCAGGCCUCACCUGUGCUACCUGUCCGGAUCCUGUGGGUAUCUCGUUGGGCAGUUGUGCUAUGGGCUCAAGCAAAGGAAAGUAAAAGAAUUGGAAUCCAUUUUUCCACUCAGCAGGGUGGAAGCAGGUUAGACUCGAGGGCCUAGGACA